AUGCUUCCACUCCUGUGGGUUCAUACUACGCAUGUGAAGGAAAUUUAUGAGGAUCUAGAGCUGGUUUUAAAUAAGGUUAACUACAAAGACCACAUUGGGAUGGUACUACUGCUGGCUGCGGCUGUAGUCUUAACAAGAUCAAGAGCAGACAACUACAACUCCUUCCUGGCUGGCAAAGAUCAAACAAAAUAUGACAUAACUUAUCCUAACCCGUCCUUCAAUUACCAAUAUCAAGUGAACAUACCUGACACAGGUGACCGAAAGUCACACGAGGAAUCUCUGAACAAUGGUGUCCUAGUGGGCUCUUACUCUGUUCUCCAGCCUGACGACGUUUUAAGAACAGUCAAGUAUCGUGCUGAUGAUGUAUCAGGUUUCAAGGCAGAGGUCCAGUACGAGAGAGUGAAGGGAGGUUCAGCGUCGCCUUCAGCGUUCCAAGCAUAUUCAACAUCAGCUUCUAGAUCACAAAAUUUCAAGAGGCUGGACACAUCUUCGGCCUCUGGAUUCGGUGGAUUUACUGGUUCAUCUGUACGACCCAGUGCAUUAGUGCCUGAGAUAUCAUCCAGGAGCUCGUUCACUGAAUCUACAGGAGCGUCCAUAAGAUCUGCCUCUAAUACUCUUUCUUCUGGUUUUAAAUCAGAUUUUUCUAGAUCCCAGUUUCCUCCUCCUCCUGUUACUGGGUCUAACGUUCUUUCCACCUCCCCAUCCGAAUUUAGAUCCACUUCUGUAUCCAGCUUCGGCGCAUCCCCUGAAGCAUACACAGGUUUCCCUACGUCUAAAAUAGGUUCUUCAUCAAGCUCCAGAUUUAGAUCUGCUUCCAAGAUUGGCUAUUCUACCGGAUCAAAUACUGGUUCUCCUGGUUCCAACUUCAAAAUCACCCCAAGUUCUAAUUCUCAUCCUUCGUCUGCAUCGAAAAUCAGUUUCUCUGGUUCCAUUAUCGGGUCUUCCACUGAUUCUAACACUGGCUCUUCUGACGAUUUUAAUUUCAGUUCAGGUGGAUUACAUCUAGGAUCAAUUUCCAGAAGCUCUGGUUCUGGAAUUUCUGACUCUUUCCAUAGAUCUAACACUAGAUUUUCUGAUUCUAGUGUUAGUUCCUCUGGAUUGCAUGUAGGUCCAUCGAGAGCCACAUUUGGAGCUGCCUCUAAACCAGGUUUUACAUCCUUUGGCUCCUCUGUUGGAUACAGUAUUGGCUCUUCUGAGUCUAAUUUUGGAUCUACAGGAUCACGUAAAGGCACAGCUAGCACUGAUUUUGAGCCUUCAGUAAAAUCUGGCUCCGGUUUUUCAGGGUCUUUCACCGGAUCAAACACUGACUCAUCCGGUUCUAGUACUAAAUUUAGUAGUUCACAUCCAGGCACAUCUAGCACAAGCUUUGCACCUUCUAUAAGAUCUGGUUCUGGAUUUCCAAGUUCUUCCACUGCAUCUAACGUUGGAUCUCGUCAAGGUGCAUCCCGCACUACUUUUGCAACUACCUCGCAGACGGGUUCAAGGUUUCCCAGCUCUUCCUCAGCAUUUGCCAUUGGUUCUUCACAUGCUAGUUUUGGUUCCUCCGGAUCACAGCCAGUUUCGUUCAGAAACAGUUUUGGAGCUGACGUAAAACUAAGUCCUGCAACUUUUGGCUCCUCCACUGGAUCUAACAUUGGCUCCUCCCAUUCUAGUUUUGGCUCGAUUAGAUCACGGCUAGGUUCAUCUGGACAUUCACCGGCAUCUAGUUCAGAGUUUUCAGGUUCCUCCACCGGAUCUAACAUUGGUUUCUCCGACUCUACUUUUGUUUCCAGUGGAUCUCGUCUGGGAACAUCUAGAACUAGUACUGGAUCUUCAAGAUCUGACUCAGGAUUUUCAGACUCUACCACUGGAUCUAACACUGGUUCCACAGAUUCUAGUUUUGAUUUCAGUGGUCCACACCUGGACAUACCUAGCACUAGUUUUGAGUCUUCCUUGAAAAUUGACGCCAAAAUUGCCAGCCCUUUCACUAGAUCUAACAGUGGCUCUUCGGAAUCUAAUUUUUCAUCUUCUAGAUCUCAUCUAGGCUCCUCAAGUGACAGUUUUGGGUCAACAUUGAAAGCUAACUUUGGAUCUUCUGACUCCAUUUCUUCUGGACCAAGUUUAGUUUCCUCAAGCUCUGCUUUCAACCACUUUUCAAGAUCUAACAUUGAAUCUUCUGGCUUUAAGCCAGGUUCUUCCACCGAGUCAAGCUUCAAACCUACCUCCAAUGCUGGUUCGUCAAUUGAAUCAAACUUUAACCUUUCUAGUUCCACUGGGCCAAAUUUAUCUUCGCCUAGUUCUGUUUUGGAACCUUCAGAGUCUUCCUUGGAAUCGUCUAGCCUAAGGUCUGUCUUUUUUGCUGACUCCAAUGUUGAAUCUGCUACCUUAAGGACAAGUUCUUCCAGUGGAUCAAACUACGGCUCUCCUCAUUCUAGCUUCGGAACUUCUACCGGAUCUGAAGUUGUCUCUGCACCAAGUUUCGGUUCACUUACUGGAUCUAACAAUGGCUCUCCUGGAUCAAGUGUGAGUUCUACCGGUUCUAGAUUUAAUCCUGGAUCUCUUUCAAAGCACGGUUUCGGGUCAUCUACUGGAUCUACAUUUGGAUCUUCAAGAUCUAAUUUAGGCUUUUCUGAGUCAAGUUCCCCAUCCUCUACGGGAUCCAAUUUUGAUUCUCCUAAUUCUAAUUUUGACUUUUCGAAAUCAAGUGUCAGAACAUCUGGUUCUAGGUUUGACUCUUCAAGACUGAAUGUUAGUUCAUAUAGAUCAAGUUUAGAUUCUAAAAGCUCCAGACUUGGAUCUUCCAGAACUAAUUUUGCUUCUUCCAGGUUUGACUCUUCCAGCUCUAGUCCAGGAUUAUCUUUAUCAAAUAUUGGAUCUUCCAGUGGAUCACAGCUCGUGUUUCCUGGUUCUACAUUGCACUCUUUCGACAGUAAUAUUGGAUCAUCAGAUUCCAAUUUUGGUUCUUUUGGACCAAACCUUGGAUCACCUAGUUCUAAUUUCGGGUCAUCUGGAAAUAAUCUUAGCUCAACAGAUUCCAGAUUCGGCUCAUAUGGAACCCCUCGUGUAUCAUCAGGUUCCAGGUUGGGCGCUUCUGGAACGAUCCUUGGAUCACCUGAUUCCAAAUUUGUCCCUUUUGUAACUAAUCUUGGAUCAGAAUCCAAGCUUGCUUCUGGAUCAACUGUUGGAUCAACUGGCUCAAGAUUCGGCUCUUCUGGUACAAACCUUGGAUCAACUGGCUCAAGAUUCGACUCUUCUGGAGCGACUGUUGGAUCAACUGGCUCUAGACUCGGCUCUUCUGGUACAAAUCUUGGAUCAACUGACUCGAGAUUCGGCUCUUCUGGCACAAACCUUGGAUCAACUGGCUCAAGAUUCGACUCUUCUGGAGAGACUGUUGGAUCAACUGGCUCUAGACUGGGCUCUUCUGGUACAAAUCUUGGAUCAACUGACUCGAGAUUCGGCUCUUCUGGCACAAACCUUGGAUCAACUGGCUCAAGAUUCGACUCUUCUGGAGAGACUGUUGGAUCAACUGGCUCUAGACUCGGCUCUUCUGGUACAAAUCUUGGAUCAACUGACUCGAGAUUCGGCUCUUCUGGCACAAACCUUGGAUCAACUGGCUCAAGAUUCGACUCUUCUGGAGCGACUGUUGGAUCAACUGGCUCUAGACUCGGCUCUUCUGGCACAAACCUUGGAUCAACUGGCUCAAGAUUCGACUCUUCUGGAGCGACUGUUGGAUCAACUGGCUCAAGAUUCGGCUCUUCUGAUACAAACCUUGGGUCAUCAGAUCUCAGUUUUGGCCCUUUAGGAACUAAUCUUGGAUCAGGUAGCAAUUCUGACGCUUUUGAAAGAAACCUUGGUUCACCAGGUUCCAGAUUUGACUCUUUUGGAACGAAGUUCGAUUCAACAGGCUCUAGUUUUAGCUCUUCUGGAGCCAACCUUGGUUCUUCAAUCUCCAAUUUUGGUUCUUCUAGUACGACCCUUGGCUCAACAGGUUCUGGAACUAACCUUCGAUCAUCAGAUUCUAAAUCUGGCUCUUUUGAAAUUAGCUCCAGAUUACCCGAUUUCAGUUCCGGUUCUUCCGAUACAAAUCUCAAGUCAUCAAAUUACAAUUUUGUUUCAUCUGGGACUAAUAUUAGAUCAAAUUCCAAUUUUGGCUCUUCUGGAUCUAACCUUGGAUCAUCAGGUCACGGCCUUCGUGUCGAAUCUAAUCAUGAAUCAUUAGGUUCUAGUUAUAAAUCUUCAAACAUUGGUUCUCCUGCUACUUCUAACUUCAUUUCAGUCUCUCAUUCCAACUUUGGCUUGUCUUCUGAGACUAAUCCUACCGGCAAUUCUUUAUCCGGAUCAAAUAAGGGAUUUUCUGGCUCAAAUACUCAAUCAAACAUUAAGCCAUCGGACUCAUUUGAUUCUUCCAUUAAGUUUGAACCCACACUGAACUCUGGGUCUAGCUUGGAACACUUUGAUUCCUCCAGUGGGACCAGAUUUGGAUCGAAUUCAGGCUCUAAUUCGAAUUCCUUUGGUUCUUCCUCUGGGUUCACCUCCAGACUGAAUUUUGAUUCCGGCUUAGGAGCUCCUCAGGCCACCACAGCAUCAGUUGGAAGAACUUCAGUUCCUGGCGGAGCGUCCGUGAUACAGGCAAAGGAAGGAGUCUUGAGUCAGCGAUACGGCAGUCUCUCUCGGGCUACGGGAUUUUAACUUUAGAUUCUGAAUUCUUGUAAAACUAAUAUUGCUGUGGUGGCCCACAUUUCAGGGGCUUGACUUAACUUAUUUGUGUGUCUCAUGUAUAUUACAAACUGAAUCAGAGGAUACAGUCGACUGGCUUCCUUUGAAUAUCAUCUCUCCUAACGAUUCUAUAUCAUUAAAUUAAUUAUUACUUAAUUGCAGAAAAAAAGCUAUGGCAUAGAACCAUCAUUAUGUAAUUCAAAGAUAGCAACCCAGUCAUUAUGCAAUCCAAAGACGGGAAUCCAAAUUAUAUAAUCCAAAGAUAGCAACCCAGUCAUUCUGAAAUCCAAAGACAGCAACCCAAUCACUAUGUAAUCCAAAGAUAGCAACCCAAUCACUAUGUAAUCCAAAGAUAGCAACCCAAUCAUUAUGGAAUCCAAAGAUAGCAACCCAGUCAUUAUGUAAUCCAAAGAUAGGAACCAAGUCAUUAUGUAAUCAAAAGACAGCAACCCAAUCAUUACGUUAUCCAACGAUAGGAACCCAGUCAUUAUGUAACCCAAAGAUAGGAGCCCAAUCGACUGCGUUUUCUAUGGUAUGAACAGACUAGUUCUUAACUGAUAUUUCACUCCAACUCUCAAUUCCCUCAUAUUUAAACGUGAUGUAAACAAUUACGUGAAAUACAAUAGGCCAACAAACACAAUAUUGAAGCUACGUAUUAAGAUGAUGCACAUCCUGUUUAAUUAUGUUCACCAAAACACGAUGUAUCAAAUAAAUGUAAA